CGUCUGCCAUGGCUAUAAACCUUCGCCGUUCGUACAUACCCACAGUUCAUCCAUUCCCCGGCAACAGAUUUGGAUGUUCUUCCCGCACAUUCAUCCAUCUUCUCUCCCAAUCUGCACUAGCCUGUAUCUCUGAUACAAACGAUGUGCAGUAUUAUACAGACAGUAAUUUGAUAAUUCUUCAGUUGAGAUUGGAGGAGAAGAUAGAUAGAUACAAUAUACAUACAUACAUAUAUAUAUAUAUUCAGAUAGGUGUAGGAAGAAUGGUGUUUUGGGAAGGAUAUAUCAGUGAUGAAUCAAUGGGCACAUUUGCUCCAUUAGUCGUGUAUUGGUUGUACGCCGGAUUUUAUCAGCUCCUCCCGCCUCUCGACAAUUAUCGGCUGCACACGAGAGCAGAAGAAAAUGAUAAAAAUUUGGUGCCGUUGAGAUCUGUCAUCAAAGGUGUUCUUCUUCAACAGUUUGUUCAGGCCAUUGUUGCUCAAUUGCUCUUCUUGGUAACUUCGAAUUCAACUUUGUUGAGUCCCACCGUGCAACCUUCGCUACCCGUCCAAGCGUUGCAAUUCAUAAUCGGGAUGUUCGUAAUGGACACAUGGCAGUACUUUGUGCAUCGAUACAUGCACCAGAACAAGUUCCUCUACAAGCACAUACACUCUCAGCAUCACCGGCUGGUCGUCCCGUACGCCGUUGGCGCACUUUACAACCAUCCGUUGGAAGGGCUGUUACUCGACACAUUCGGUGGCGCCCUCUCCUUCCUUGUCUCCGGAAUGACUGCUCGCACCUCCGUCUACUUCUUCUGCUUCGCCGUUGUCAAAACCAUCGACGAUCAUUGCGGGUUGUGGCUUCCGGGAAAUAUCUUCCAUCUCAUUUUCCAAAACAACACGGCUUACCACGACGUACACCAUCAGCUCCAAGGUACCAAGUUCAACUACUCCCAACCGUUCUUCCCGAUCUGGGACAAAAUCCUCGGGACUUAUGUUCCGUACACACUCGUAAAACGGCCCGAAGGAGGAUUCGAGGCGAGGCUGAAGAAAGACUAGGAUUCGGAAACUUGGUUUUAACUCUUGGUUCGUUAUCAGAGUGCUCGGUUAGUUCGUGUUUUUUCUUUCGAGUAACUCACCGGACGGAGAUCGAAUCAAAACUGAGUUAGGAUUUGAGGGUAAGAGAUGUUCUUGGUUUGAUGAUCAGUUUCUUUGAGUUUCUUGUGCUGAAACUUGUGAUCUGUUGUAUCUUUGGUGUGAAUUUUGGAUUUCAAGAUUAUAUAUAUAUAUAUAUAUAUAUAUGUAUGUAUGUAUGAAGAAUGAGACUGAGGCAUUUCGAGGAUAAAUCAGCGAACAAAAAAUAGAUAAACAAUACAUAGUUUUAUGAAAGUAGUGUAUACCUAUGGAUCAUUUCAUACUUUUGCAUAUGUAUUAUAUUGACACAUAAACAACAUAUGCUUUUCUUUUACAUGUGUUGUAUAAAGAGUAGCUCAUGCGCUAAAUUAACU